AUGCAUUGUCGUAUUAUUGUGUUGAACCAUUGGGGAGGAGGUGAUGGAUGUUCAUAUACUGAAGUGAUCAGUUCAAUGGAAACAGUAAGACAAAUUAAAGAUAAAAUCACAGGACAUUAUAUUCCAACCAAAGUGGAUUACUUUAGUUGUAAGGAAGCUGGAUACAUUUUAGUGGAAGUGCCAGGUGUAGAAAAUAUCGAACUAAAAAUACAUAAUAGAAGUUUAAUAGUGACUGGUGAAAAGAAACCUCUCAUCCCUCUAAACUCUACCGUCUAUCAUAUCAAAAAGACCAAAGAUCAAGAGAUUCAGUAUGGUCCAUUUAUGCGUCAAUUCUUAUUACCACAGAAUCUUCAUAGAGCUGGUAUCACAGCUCAUCUAGAUAAAGGUAUUCUCAAAAUCACACUUCCCAAACAAGAACUUAGUUCAUUUACUUUAAAUAUUGGUCCUCAAGCAAUUCAAAUGGAUCAAUUAUUUUGUAAAUAA